AUGGGUUCAACUGCUUGUAUAGCACGUGACUACUUAGUAGUUCAAGCAAUAAGUGUGGCAAGCAAACAAAUGUUUAGCAUAGCCAAAUUUACUAUUAGUCCAACUAGAAAUCGUCUUGAGCCAGAAAAGGCCUGUGCUUCUCUCUGUCUUAAAACUUGGUUUGCAACAAGCUUAAUAGA